AGAUCUGUCUCUCAUUUCUCUCUCUCUCUCUCUCUCUGUCAUUCUCUCUUCACCUCUCGUACUCAGUCUUGUGUGGAAGUGAGAAUUGUGUGGCGAACAAACAAUGUCAGGGUCCCGCUGAGGUGUCAGGAGGUGGACCGAUGAUUAGCCCGGACACAUGGAAGACUGUCGAAGCCCAGAACAAGGCCCAAAGAGGGAGGCUGAGAUCGCGAGAUACCCCUUUCACCGGCGACCUCCCUGGAUCCUCAGCAUUUUGUUUGCAGUGCAGCAUGUGUUGGUGCAGACAGCCCUCUUGCAGACUGUCCACUGCCUCCUCAUCGAUGCCCUCCCAUCAGACCAGAUUGCCCGCCAACAUGGCUACCAGUUCAUGGCUACCAGCCUUUUUGCCUCUGGCAUCUCCACUUUGCUGCAAACCACCUUGGGCAGCAGAUUACCACUGGUCCAAGCAUCGUCUUUCGAAUAUUUGAUCCCUGCCUUAACUCUCGUCACAUCGCCAAUAGAGACCAACAGCACCCUUCAUAACGGUACCGAUGCGGCCUUACUCUGUGAAGGGGCUCAGUGCCCAGAGACGGACCUCACUCUGCAGAUGUGGAAAAGCACCCUGUGUGAAGUUCGUGGUGCUGUUAUUGUUUCGGGAAUCCUACAAGUGUCCCUUGGAUUUUCAGGGCUGCAGGGCCUGGUGUCCCGACAUUGUGGCCCCAUGGUACUAGCUCCUAUGCUGUCGAUAAUUGGCCUGUCCUGCUACAAAGAGGUCGCAAAUUUCAGCUCAUCGCACUGGGGUGUCACUGCUCUGCUGGUACUCCUCGUGGUGCUCUUGUCCCAACAUCUACGGAGCUGCCAUGUACCUGUUUUCAGUUGGAAGAGAUCCAAAGGCUUUGUCGUCGAGACCUACUUCCCGCUUUUCAGGAUAUUUUCGCUCCUGCUGCCCAUCUUAUUCAUGUGGAUUUUGUGUGGGCUCCUCCAGGAAGGAAAUGUUCUGAAUCCUUACCAUCCAGGAGCUCCUCGAGGGAUUCUUCGAAGCAAUGGAACAGGCUUGGUGCCGUGGUUCAACAUGCCGAUCCCAGGUGAGUGGGGUGCCCCUACGAUCAACGUUCGGUCAACGUACAUUGGAGUCGUCAUGGCACUGGGCACCAGUAUCGGGUCCCUGGGGUCCUACAUGAUGUGUGCAAAGGUGAUAGGCUGCCAGCAUCCCCCUUCGGAUGCCGCUAACCGAGGGAUUUUCCUGGAGGGAGUGGGAAGCUGCAUUGGCGCACUCUUGGGAGGUAUCACCACGACGUCUUCCAGUGUCCCCGGUGUCGGAGCGUUGGCACUCACCCAGGCUGAAUCCCGGCAUUCCAUCCAGAUUGCAGCUGUGCUGUGUAUCCUGCUCGGAAUGUCAACCAAGCUGAUGUACCUCCUGACGACCAUUCCAGCUGCUGUUCAUGGUGGAGUCCUCAGUGUCACAUAUACAAUGGCGGUGUCUGUCGGUGUCUCAUAUUUCCAAUACACAAACAUCGACUCCGGUCGGAAUAUCUUCAUCAUCGGAUUUACUAUGUUCAUGGCACUACUCACCCCUCACUGGUUCAUCCGCAACCCAGAUUACAUUGUAACAGGUAUUAAGAGUGUGGACAUCUUUCUUCUGGCCUUGUUUAUGAUGCCCGUCAUUCAAGGAGGGAUUCUUGCCUUUCUCCUGGACAACACUGUUACAGGAACAUUGGAGGAGCGGGGUUUUGUGGCACACUUCCCUAGUUUCAAAUCUGAGCCGAAAGAUUUAACCAAUAUUUAUCAGCUUCCAAAUGCCCUGCAGAGGUAUCUGUGGGUGAAGCCCUUUCCCCUUUGCAACCUAUGUCCCAGCUCAGAACCGACAGACGAACACAUGGCUGAGGGACAGGAGAUAAAGAACUUACUCCCAACUCCUGAGGUUCUCGCAAGCGGAGAAGGGGCUGGAGGUGUCAACUGCUCCAGGUUUACCAUGGACCCAUCAGGAACAGAAGUCUAAUGCUGUUUGGAACAAACCCCAGGAGAGAAACAAAACCAGAGCAUCAAUAAAACAAAACAUUUUUUUAACUUUCA